CCCUGCCCACAUUCCGCUCAAAGAAGAGCAGCACCUUCCUCUGCAAUUCGAGCUCCUCUUCAGCACAAGUCCGAUCAAUCCAUCCACACUUUCACAAACAAUCCAGAUACACAUACACACAUAGCAGUGUCUAGCUUACUUGCUUUACCACUUCUUUGCAUAUCUCCAUGGAGUGCGAGAACGAUCAUUUUGCCGCCAACGGCGAUGGCCUGUGCAUGGCGCAGCCGGCGCGGGCUGACCCUCUCAACUGGGGAAAAGCUGCCGACGAUCUGUCGGGGAGCCAUUUGGAUGCUGUGAAGCAGAUGGUGGAGGAGUACCGCCGCCCGGUGGUGACCAUGGAGGGCGCCAGCCUGACUAUCGCCAUGGUCGCCGCGGUGGCUGCCAGCGCCGACACCAGGGUGGAGCUCGACGAAUCCGCCCGUGGACGCGUCAAGGAGAGCAGCGACUGGGUCAUGAACAGCAUGGCCAACGGCACCGACAGCUACGGUGUCACCACCGGCUUUGGCGCGACCUCCCACAGGAGGACCAAGGAGGGCGGCGCUCUCCAGAGAGAACUCAUCAGGUUUCUGAACGCGGGAGCCUUCGGCACCGGCAGCGAUGGCCACGUCCUGCCCGCCGCGACCACCAGGGCCGCCAUGCUCGUCCGCGUCAACACCCUACUCCAGGGCUACUCUGGCAUCCGCUUUGAGAUCCUCGAGACCAUCGCCACGCUUCUCAACGCCAACGUCACACCGUGCCUACCGCUCCGGGGCACCAUCACGGCAUCCGGUGACCUUGUCCCGCUGUCCUACAUCGCGGGCCUUGUGACCGGUCGCCCAAAUUCCGUGGCGACCGCUCCAGAUGGCACCAAGGUUAACGCAGCAGAGGCUUUCAAAAUCGCCGGCAUCCAACACGGUUUCUUCGAGCUGCAGCCCAAGGAAGGCCUUGCCAUGGUCAACGGCACCGCGGUUGGCUCCGGGUUGGCAUCCAUGGUGCUCUUCGAGGCUAACAUUCUUGGCGUCCUCGCCGAGGUUCUGUCAGCUGUGUUCUGUGAGGUCAUGAACGGCAAGCCGAGUACACCGACCACCUCACGCACAAGCUGAAGCACCACCCUGGUCAGAUCGAGGCCGCGGCUAUCAUGGAGCACAUCCUUGAAGGCAGCUCCUACAUGAUGCUCGCCAAGAAGCUCGGCGAGCUCGACCCACUGAUGAAGCCAAAGCAAGAUAGGUAUGCCCU